GCGACGACGACGACGACGACGAACACGACAAGGACGACGGCAACGACGACGACGACGAACACGACAAGGACGACGGCAACGACGACGACGACGAACACAACAAGGACGAGGACAACGUCGACGGCGGCGGUGGUGGCAGCUACGACUUAAGCGACGUUCUCCGUCGCGUACCCCGCAUCAUCCUAUUCUCUGCUCGUAAUCAUAUCUGGAUUUCAUUAUCGGGGAUUUCGUAUCGUAAGGAAAAAUCAUGUGACUUGGCCUACCCCAGGGAUUGCCGAAUAAAACAACGCAACGACGAAAAGUCCCGAAGUAAGGCCAAUAAUUGUAAAAUGUCUGGAUUCGCGUCGGCGAGUCUUGUGGCCUUCAAUUCCUUCAAGUCUAAAGCAUCGGAGAAACUUUCUGGAUUCAGAAGGAGUAAUGCCGGCUACGAGGAAUUUGAAAUGCCUCCAGAGGCAAGCAAAGACAACAGAGGGUUCGAGGAUGAGCGAGGAUACAGUGGACAAGCGUCUUUCGAUUCGCUUCCAGAACCAGAAAGACCACCUUUACGACAUAUCGAUACUUACUGCAAACCGGAAUUACCCUGUUUGUCUAAGAGAUACACCGUCGCCGUAUUGGCUUGUUUAGGAUUCGUCAUCUCGUUCGGCAUGAGGUGUAACAUGGGAAUGGCAAAACUGGUGAUGAAGAACACGACCGAAGAGGGCGAGCAAUUAAAGUUCAAUUGGACGGUCGGCACGGAAAGUGCCAUGGACUCGUCCUUCUUUUGGGGUUAUCUUAUAACUCAAGUCCCGGGUGGAUUUCUAGCCUCCCUUUAUCCCGCAAAUAGAAUAUUUGGUGCGGCUAUAGCGAUAUCUUCAUUUUUGAAUCUCCUCGUGCCUGGUGCUCUCAAGGUCGAUCCGAUCGUCGAUAUGAUCGUCCAAGCAUUGAAAGGUUUUGUCGAGGGCGUUACAUAUCCAGCCUGUCAUGGUAUUUGGAAAUUUUGGGCGCCUCCGCUCGAAAGAUCACGACUGGCCACCUUGGCAUUUUGCGGAUCGUACGCCGCGAUGGUAAUAGGAAUGCCGCUUUCCGGUUUGUUGAGCAAUUGGUUCGGUUGGACGGCGUCCUUUUACUUUUACGGCAUCGCCGGUUUAAUUUGGUACUGUUUCUGGCUUUGGCUGGCUUUUGAGAAACCAUCGAAGCAUCCUUCGAUCUCUGCCAAGGAGCUUCGAUAUAUCGAGGAUUCGUUGGGUCAAGGGCAAGUUCUGGCACCGAUACCUACGUUCUCGACGACCCCAUGGAAGAAAUUUUUUACGUCGAUGCCGGUCCACGCGAUCAUCGUCGCCAACUUUUGCAGAUCCUGGAACUUUUACCUCUUGGUCCUUUUUCAAGCUCGCUUCAUACACGAGGCCUUCAAUAUAUCUCUCGUCGAAACUGGCAUGGUCGGUUCGAUCCCGCACUUAAUGAUGACAUUUAUCGUCCCGUGCGGGGGUUUGUUGGCCGAUUAUCUUCGUAGACGUGGCAUCAUGUCGACGACCAACGUUAGGAAGCUCUUCAAUUGCGGCGGCUUCGGCAUGGAGGCUAUCUUUUUCUUGGUAGUCGCGAACGCAACCAUGCACAAGGACGCUACGGCGGCGAACUUUGCUCUCAUUUUUGGCGUUGCCUGCAGUGGCUUCGCCAUUUCCGGCUUCAACGUUAAUCAUUUGGACAUCGCACCGAAAUACGCGAGCAUCCUGAUGGGCAUGUCAAACGGCAUAGGUACGAUAGCCGGCCUUCUGGUACCGUUUUUCGUCGAUUACAUCACGAAAAAUAAGGCUGCCGAAGAGUGGAGAAACGUAUUCAUCAUUGCCGCCUGCGUUCAUUUCUUCGGUGUCAUAUUUUACGGGAUAUUUUGUUCCGGUGAAUUGCAACCCUGGGCCGAUUCCACGAUCGAAGAGCAAAAGAGUUGGAAUCCUAUGGACGAGCUUAGUCAGGCGAAACCACCUGCUGUACCACCGCCCCCGGCGACGAUGCAGUCCGAAUUUAUUAAACAACCGUCCCUUGGCGAUGCCGCCGACGAUUGGAACAAUUAUUCUCAACCGUCGAUGAUCGCCGAUCAUACGUACGGCCAACAACAAGAUAAGACACCCGUUAUAAAUUACGGAUCGACGGAGACAAACAGUAACAAUCCAUUUCACUCGACGAAUCCGUUCGCGACGGAUCUAAACGCGACUUUGGUCCAACCGCCUGCCAGAGACGAUUAUACGCACGACGUUACGCAGAAUCAAUGGAAUUGAAAUUGAUUUCUUCGCGCUAUUCGCAUACCGAAAGUACGAGUAAAGAAAAAGAAAUGGGAGGAUGGAGCUGAGCGAGGAAAGUAUUCUUCCGUCACCGAAUAUUUAUUUUUUCUUUCAUUUGUUAAUCAUCCCCGCUUGAAUGUCUUCAUCUUGCGCAUUCGUCCGUCGGCGCAAAAGCGCGACGUAAUGAGAGGCCAACACGUAUUUGUUUCCAAAGAAAAAGAAAAAAAGGAAGAAACCAAAACAAAACAAAAAAGUAAAAGCGACCUUUAAACGAUGCUCUCCGAGAACAAAAAAAAAGAGAGAUGGAGAAUCGAUUCGAAUUCUCCUAUUUAAGAGAAAAGACUUCUUCCAGAAAGUCGUUCGCUAUUGCGAAUCCAACGAGAAAUAAUUAAUGAAAGUAAACGAGACAAUAUUAGGAACUUUUGUUAGCUUAGAAAACUUUUACGAAUACAUUGAUAUGACGAAGAUAUGAAGAAGUCGUUAAUGAUAAAGAAUAUUAAGAAAAAGAGAAACGAUCUCUUUUUAGUUAGUUAUUGAAAAUUGAAAAAAACGAGUGUGUACAAGUACUCUAUGUACAGGCAAAAGCGAAGACAAUAAGAAUCUUUUUGCCGACAAUAAGUAUCAUUUUACGACAAUAAUUGAAUAGAGAACAUACCCAUAGGUAUGCGCUAGUGUUUACGCGAAAUGAAAAAAUGCCUAGAUGCACCUAAUUCGGCGAAAUUUCAAGAAAAAUGAAAGGAAGAAAGUCGGAAUUUCUUGCAAAUGCGGCAACAAAUCUUUCCCUAUGUUAUUCAUUUAGUUUUCUCUCUCUCCUUCCCCCCCCUCCCCUCCCCUCCCCUCCCCUCCCCCCCCUCUCUCUAUAUAUAUAUAUAUAUUUUCUCUGGCUGUCUGUCUGUCUAUCUAUCUAUUUCUCUUUAAAAGACGAAACAAGGUCGUCUCGUGAUUGUAGAAAUAUAGCAAUAAAUUAGAAAAGGAUUUAUUCAAUCGAUACGGAUAUUAGGAGAAUUUUCCCGUCGAAAAUUACGUGAAUCGUGACAUUCGAAUGAAAGUAUCCGCAAGAAAGUGAUAAUAUUAUUGAAAGUAAUAGCGUCGUAAGAUAAAACUCAAUGAAAGUACUAUUGAUUAACAAAAGAGAGACGAGAUAGAAGAGAAAACAAAGUGAAACGACGAAAGUAAAUUGAAAGUAAAUCGAUAAAGUUUUGAUCGUGAAAUUAAGAAAAAAUAUAUAUUACAUUAUACAUGGUUUAGAUGUAUUUCUAUUAUCUAUUGAUAUUAUAGGUAUAUGGAUAUAUACAUGCUCCUCUUCUACCUAUUAUACAUAUACACGAGAUCAUGUACUGUAAUAACAUGUAUAUAUGCAGGGUGUUUACUAAGUACCUGUAAUGUGAAUUUCUGGCGUUACAUUGUCGUGUUAAUUCGUUAGAUAAAAAAGAAGCUUGCUUCGAUGGUCACUCGAUGAAACUGACGGUACCGAUGAACUUUUCUCUUUCUUUCUUUCUUUCUUUCUUUCUUUUCUCUUUUUUCCCCACUCUUGAAAUGAUGUCACGUGCUGAAUUUACUGCAGCGUACUUACUUGCAUAACGUAUGCACAUAUACAUUAGCAUUAUUAUGAUCGUUUUUGACCACAAGUUAUGAAAAGAAACGAGAGAAAAAAAUGAGAUUGUGUGGACAAAUGAAUGGAUCGAUCAUCUAUUUCCAUAGUUUCACUAGGGGCGAAUCGUAAUAAUACACAUCGUGUAUCGAUGAUAAGGAAAUAAGUGUGAAACCAAUUAUCGAGCGGCAUCUUUUUCGUUGCCCGAUGAAUUAGUCAAUUUAUGCGAGACCUUUUUAAGACGACAGAUACAUAUAUAGAUAUCGAUAUACGUGUAAAUCUAAUGAAAUGAAAAAUUCUUAUUAUAUACGCAUACACACGAACACAUGAUAGGUAUAUACACCCAUUGUUAUCAUUAUUGUUAUUAUUAUUACUGUUCGUACAUUCGUAUUUAAAGAAAAGAGAGAAAGUGCGUAAGCGAACGAGUUUAUAGAAGAAUAAGCAUCGUUUCGUAAUAAUUAUUGUGAGUAACGGCUAUAAUAAUUAUAUUAAAUUGGGGACAAUAUGGGGACAAUACGGGCGAGCAAAGCUAACAAUUGUGUUAGGAACGUUAAUUAAAGUUGACGAGAGCUUUACGAGAAACGUUGCAUACCCAUUAAUAUAGCCUAUGUGUAAGCAUUUAAUAAGAUAAAUGUCGUUUGAUUUCUACAUUUUAGAAUUGUGACUAUUUUCCGGCACGUAUCUAUUUGCAAACGUAUCCAUCGUAAAUUAGGAACAUUUCGAAAGGUUUUAUUCGAUCGUGCGUUUGGUUAAAGGAUAAGAACAAAACAAGGUACAUGUGGGAUAGAUAUUUAUAUCGAGAAGUAUCUCUGUCUCUUGAAAGAAAAAGACAAAAAACGAAAAGAAAAAACAAAAAAAAAACGAAAAAAAAGAAAAAAAAAGAAUCAAAAGGAAAAAAACAAAAAAAGGAAAAAAGCAGAAAAAAAAUAGAAAAAAAAAAAAAAAAAAAUACAAAUGUAGUAUUACGACUGAGACAUUGUUGAUGUAUUAAUUGAUUUCCUUAUGCGAUGUGUCGACAAUAAUGACAAAUUCACUUGUAAUCGUUUACACGUUACUCAUUGAUGAAUACGUGAGCAACACUCGGAGACUAGAUUAGGAUUUGUUGUGCGAUAUUCGUUAUUUCUACUUACGACAAUAAGUCGGCAUCGAGAGAGUAG